GGCGUAUAUACCAUGGAAUAGGGAGAAGUGGUAUCGUGCGUAGCCGGUUGGCGUACAUUGUACGUGACGCUUACUGCGGCGGAUUCCGGAGCUCGAGCUCGGAACGGCAGCGGGAGAGAAGUAACCGCUCCUCCUGCUCUUUCUCCUAUUUUACUACGUUGAGUAACGGCAGGUUGUGCCGGUGGGGUGAGUCGUGGUUAAACAUGAACCUCCUUGAUUGAGGCACAAACACAGUUUAGUGUUUUGCCUUACAGCCUGCAGUUGUCCUCAGCCGAGCCAUGCCUGAAGAGUAAAGUUCAUCCCCGCUUACAGCAAUAAGUAAUAAACGAAACGCAACGCUUCUCCAUGAUUCUCCAUGUAGUCCGCCCUCUGCGCAUCCUGCUGGUGUGAGGCCACAUCCAGAUAGGCUUGCCCUGUCACGUCGACUCAUCCACAAACAUGCCAGUCCACUUUAGCAUGCCCAACACCUAGAGUCCCAUGCGUCCAGUCAGCGCGGAGUCGGACGGUCCUGCUCCCGAAAGCUUCUUGAACCCCCUCCUCCCAGGCCCCCUUCCCGCCUCUGAGAUGUCUCUCCUCCACUCGCUGGGCCCCGUGCAGAGCUGGCUUGGGCAGGAGCUGGAGAAGUGUGGGAUCGACGCCAUGAUCUACACCCGCUACGUGCUCAGUCUGCUCCUGCACGACAGCUACGACUACGACCUGCAGGACCAGGAAAAUGACAUCUUCUUGGGUUGGGAGAAGGGUGCUGGUAAGAAAUGGGGAAAGAGCAAGAAGAAAGUAGGGACAGAUCUCAGCGUGGAGGAAAUGAAGAAACAAGCUGCCGUGCAAUGCCUGCGUUCAGCAUCUGAUGAAAACUCUGGAAUUGAAAGUUUGGUUGAGGAGCUUUGCUCCAAACUCAAAGAUAUCCAGAACAAACAGAAAGAAGAAAAGCAAGCUAAUAAGAAAUCUGAUGACUCUCAGUCUCCAGAUCUUGCUGAAUCCCCAUCUUCGAAAGACCAGGUGGAAAUGUACUACGAAGCCUUUCCACCUUUGUCUGAGAAACCUGUUUGUCUCCAAGAGAUAAUGACGGUGUGGAACAAGGCCAAAGCAUGCGCGUACUCCAGCUCAUCAUCCUCAGCAGCCCCACAGACGAGCACGGACACCUCAUCCCCGAAGGACUGCAACAGCGAGGGCGAGGCCGCCAAGGACAAGAUGGCCGAGGCGUGCGGCACCGUCGGCGAGAAGACCCAGCAGCGACGCAGCAAAAAGGAAAAAGAAAACCGAUUCUACAACAGCGCAGCGGAGGAGAGGCCGGUCCCCGGCAAGAGGCAGGCGAGGCACAGGUCUGAGGGGAAGUUCCGCCCACGGUCCUGGUCGUCUGGUUCCAGCGAAGGGGGUUCCAGCUCCAGUGGAAACCAGGGCGAGCCGAAGACGUCCGCCAAGCCGGCCAGGAUCAGGCACAAGUCGAGGGAGGCCGGCAGAAGCAAACGGGGACGCAGCGGGCAGGUGAAGCUGGCUCUGAAGGCCAUCGACAAAGAGGAACGGAGAAACCCGGGUGGAAGCAGCAGCAGUACCGGUGGCCCCGCAAAACAGACGCAGCUCUACAAAAAGGGGAAGAGGCCAUUGAAAGAAAUCAGAAAAGAUCCCAGCUGUGGAGAAGCAAGAGAGCCAGGCUACGAAGUGAGAACCCGAAAGGAAUACAUGGAAGAGCCUCUGUGGUACACGGAGCCCAUCACAGAAUAUUUCGUACCGUUGAGCAGAAGGAGCAAACUCGAGACGAAGUACCGCAAGAGGCUAGAUUCUCCCGACGGCUCGUCCGCGUCAGCCGAUGUGGAAAAGCUGUCCGAAAGAAUGCAAGGAAUUUGCAUCGCCAACUCGGAUUUCCAGAGAGCAUACCUCGCGGCCGGGACUUUCGUCGAUGGGCACUUUGUGGAAAUGCCUGGAGAAGUCGACGAGGCGGCUGAACUAAACGGGACCUCACGCUGCCCUCCGCCAGAGGAUGGUAGAGAUUUAGAUGAUGAGCAUCUGUCCGAAUUCACUCACUUCUAUGAAGUUGAUAUUUAUCAAUCCAUAUUGGAUCCCAGUGCCUCAGCCUCGGUACAAGAGAGUCGGAUCUUGAGCAUGAUCCGACAAAAGAGCAAAGAGCGAAGAGACUUUGAGGCAGAAUGUUGUUUAGUGUUAGAUGGCCUUGAGCUGCAAGGGGAAAGUGCAAUAAGGGCGGAUUCACAAAGAUCCUUCGGAGCUGAUGGAUUCCUCAUGCAAGAUCUGGAAAACAUAGCUCAAGUUUGGGAAUGUUAUUCAUCUUCUAGUUCGGAAGAUAUAGAUGGAGAAAGCUUUGCUGGGGACUCCCCCGUUCAGCUCUCCCCUGCAUUGGACAACACCGUAUUCAAUGCUAGCAGGUUGCCCAUAAAUCCAGAGGAGUGUCUCUCUGAAGCCAAUGAAGCCGCAGGUUUGAAUUCUUCUUGCUUCUCACUUUUCGAGGUGCAGUACGAUAGCCCCACUCUUCCUUUUCCCAGCGACUCACUCACCGUCGGUCAUGACAACACUGAUUCAAGUAGCUGUGUAGAUCCACUUGGAAACAAACAGUCUCGUUUGCUAAUAUGGACCAAAAAUAGUGCCUUUGAUGAAACUGAACACUGUUCUAACCUUUCAACGCGAACAUGUAGUCCAUGGUCACAUUCGGAAGAAACGCGUUCAGAUAACGAGCAAAUUACUGUGCAGCCAGAAGAGUCUGCUCAAUUCUGCAAAGAUGAGAUUACUUGUAUUAUCCCACCCAUCUCCACUAGAUACUUGGAGGAUGAACUCCUCGACUUUUUACAAGAGGACAACGGUCGUCAGCACGACGACAGGAGUGUAGGCACAGCAUCCGGUCAAACUUUCAAAAAGAAAUCAAAAUUGGAGUCAAUUUGUGGAAUACCGUUAGAACAAGAGGAGGAGAGCAAACCAUACAGCACUGGCAUCUUCACAGACAACACAAGCCAACAGAGUGACAACUACAGCUCAGGGAUAAUUAAGGACAUUUGGACAGCUAUCGGAGACAGAGAUUCUGUACUAACACUAGGAGAGAGGCCAGACGAGGGGAUGUUCCCAGAUGAUACGAGUAACUAUCCCUGCUGUUGCUUGGACGCGGAGGCAAAAGCGGGACCCGUUCAGGGGCCUCAAAAAAAGGCGAUACAGAGAUUGGAGUACCACCUCUGGGAGGGCCAGAAGGAGGAGCACGGCCUGGCCAAAAAGGAGCUCGGCAAGGUGGAUGGUGGGGAUUACAUGACGCCGUCCAAGCCUUGGGACAUGAACCCAGAGAAGGAUAAUACCUUCAUCCUGGGCGGGGUGUACGGAGAGCUGAAGACGUUCAGCAGUGAUGGGGACAGUGACUGGGCUGUGGUGCCCCCUGGCGACGGGCGAGGCAGUCUGCUUCAGUGUGCCGCGGCCUCUGACGUGGUCACCAUCGCCGGCGCCGAUGUGUUUAUGAACACGGGCAGCUGCUUCGCUCCCGGUCACAAGCCUCUGUGGCGGCCCCUGGUUUCCUUCGGGCAGUGCGACCAAGCCAUGAAAGGAGGCGGCGAGGGAUUGAAUAAGGGAUUUUCUUUCAUCUUCCAUGAAGAUUUACUAGGAACAUGCGGUGGCUUCCACAGCGAGGAACCGGGGCUUGAUUAUCCAUUUUCGUCAUUUGACCUGAACAAUCCGUUCUCUCAAGUGCUUCACGUGGAGUGCUCUUUCGAGCCUGAGGACAUAGCCUCGUUCAGCCCGGGGUUCAAGCCGAAAUCAAUUUUGUGUUCAGAUUCAGAGAGCGAAACUUUCCACCCGAGGAUAUAUGGUAUCAACAGGACUCAGUACAGGGCCAUCCGCAUUUCGCCCAGGACUCAUUUUCGACCGAUCUCCGCCUCGGAGCUCUCCCCUGGCGGAGGAAGUGAGUCGGACGUGGAGUCUGAGAAAGAGGAGAUGAGUCUUCCCGUCCUCGCCCAGGCAGAUGUGUUUGAUGACCCUCAGGCCGAUCUCAAACCGCUGGAGGAAGACGCGGAGUGCGAGGGCCCCUAUUACGGGAAGUCCGAACUGGAGUCUGGGAAAUUUUUGCCCAGAUUAAAGAAGUCGGGUAUGGAAAAGAGUGCCCAGACUUCCUUGGAUUCGCAAGAGGGCUCCAGUGCCCUCUUGCCAAUAGCUGAGCAAGAGGUUUGCUUUGACUGCGAGAUGGAAGCUUCGAUGGUGAGCGGAGAAAUGGAAGAUUCCGCUAGAAAGAUCGGAAAGGUCGAAACUUGCAGAGAAAAAGAGGCAAGCAAAUGUUCAGCAGUUGGUCAUAAUCCCAAAAAUGGGAAAACGUGUGACUUUACUGGAGAUAUGCAGGAGUUUCCUGUGCUCAAUUUAAGUGCACAGGGCACCACUGUCAGCCAGCAGGACGAGUGCUGGUGGCAGAACACUCUCUGUUCACCUUUAUUCCCAGGAUCUCAGUGUACAGGGAGCAGCAACAUGUGAGUUCCCCAGGUCUGGGGAGGGGGAGCAUUGGGCCACAACAUCAGCCUCCUGGAGUUUGCUUUUCUCUUGGGACGGCUCCGGUUCUGACCCGAGUUUCAUAGCCAGGAGACCUGUGGGCCAACUGCACCAAGGACCUCCUCUCCAAAAACCCCAUCUCUAACCCUGCUGAUUUUCACUCACUAACUUGAAAGUAGUGUUAUCAACAACAACAAAAAAAGAAAAAAUUUGAAAAACAAACAAAAAAAAAAAAUCCUUUUAAUGUCUUCAGUUGAUGCUAUAUUUGAAGGCAGAGUUUUAGUUUUGUUUUAGUUAAUUUCUUCUGAAAUUAAUCUUAAUACAAAAAAAAAAAAAAAAAGUCACAGUUAGGCGUUAGGGACAAUCUUACUUUCUCCUCAUCAGUUUUCCCAGUCUUCUUGCUUUUGAACUUAGGAUACUGUUCGUUUUAGUGUCCGAAUGGUUGUGCAUGCGCCCGUCUUACUAGCCUCACUGCUUCAUUUUCAGUGUAACUGCUACCAUUUCCAAGACCUAACUGUGAUAUUGUUUAAAAACACCAUCUGAAAACUACGAUUUUCAUCUUUCUUCACGCCUGCCAUACUGAAAAUCCUUUGUGUGCAGUUUUGAGAUUUGACAUCCAUUCCCUCAGUCGAACAGCACACUUUCUGAAUGCAGGAAUGAAGAAAGUAGGUUGACAGGUUUUCACUGUGGAAAAAAUGGCUCUAUCAUGAAACCACAGGAAUGUAAGGGUUAUUCUUAAUAUAAAAAAUAAGAUUUUCACUGAUGAUAGAUUCCUUUUUUCUUCAGUAAUUGUCAUAAUAGAAUGGGUUAUGAAGAAAAAAUCUAAAUCUUAAUAAAAAAAAAAAUUAAAAAAAAGGAAAAAGAUUUGCAGAGCCAUUUUUCUUUCCCAGGGGAAAUUUAAGGUUCUAAACACAAAAGUACAAACGAAGCAAUUGAAUGCUAAAACGUAAUGGAUUGAGUUUUAUUCGGAAUAAUGACCCUUUCCAGUUUGACUCCAUUUACACCAGGAGACAUGUUUUAUGUAUUUUGAAAGACAUGUUUUGUAACCUCCACAGUACAGAAAGAUUGGUGCUAUAAAUACUUAAAAUUCUGUAGCAGUUACAGUUUGAUAUUGUGGAUGUGAUUUUUGUAGAUCCUGUAGUUUUGUUCGUCUCCAUGGCAGAGUGUAAGGAUCAGUUUAUAUAUCAUAUAUAAAAAAAAAGAAGAAAAAUAUCAUUGUGUGACUGCUGUAAUGGUUCUCGCUUUAUGUGGCUUGGUUUUCAUUUAAGAUCCUUUUAAAAUAGCAAGUCUACACUUAAACAAGAAGAUAUUUUUAUUUUUCAAGAAAUUGCAAGAAAUUCUGAAAGUCUAGCAAGAACUGUUAUGCAAAGAAAAUCACCUAGAGACUAUUUCAUGUUUAAUGACUUCACACGUUGUAAAUGCAUCCGCUUCUGACGGAAAGGUCCGCAAGUAAGCUGAAAAAUCAAAAGGCAAUAACUUUUUUUUUUUUUUUUUUUUUUUUUUUUUUUAUAUAUAAAGUACAUUUCUGACACUACCAAAUUGCUAAAUAUAUUCUGAGACAAGUGUUGUAGUUAAAAUGUAACAAAAGGGUAAUUUCACCAAGGUACAGAAAAUAUUUAUUUUGGUUUCUCUUUGAGGUGUGUUUUGGGAACUUUUUUCUUGGUAUACAGCAUCUUUGAUGCUUGUGCUUAUGUGUGUGUGAGCGUGUCUGCAUUCGGACUGGACUGGACACUGGUCCAGCUUCAGCCGUAUGUAUAACAGUGACCAUGAGCCCAUGAUCAACUUAAAUGUUUUCACCCAGACGAGCAUAAAUGCCAUUUUUUACAUAACCUUAACCCUUGUCCCCACUCACCCACAAACUGAUGGAUACACUACUACUACUACUACUACCAUAGCAGACGGAUGGGUCAUGAUGGGAGUGAUAUUUUGGUGACCUGUGCCUGAGGAACAUUGUUAAUUAAUCCUCUUAAAUGGACAAUACUCCGUCUGUUCUGUGAUUUUUAGGAUUCCAUAAUUUUCUUUGUAUUCUACUUUUUUAUCGUCUCUUCCUGAUGCGUUUCCUUGAACAUCUCAGCAACCAAGUGUUUCCUUUUAAAGCCAAAACAACUGCCUAGUUUAAAAUUCUUUUUUUUAUUAUUAUUUUUUGACUUGGUGGACAGUGUGUUAAAAUGCUUUAAGGCACAGGCAAUUAAUAUAUCACCUACCAAGAUGUUGUGUUAACAUCUACAGACCCAAUGUAUGUACACAAACAUUUUUCAGCGUCUGCACUCAAUCUAAUGCACUGUCACAGGCUAAAGGGUGCACUCCUUCAUCUGGCACGUUAAUGUUAUCCAACUCAUUUUGUCUCAAGUAAUUAAUUAGAUUGUACAUACACUCAGAAGGUGAUGGUACUCUUGUCUUCCACUCCUUUGGCGAUUGUUUAGUGGUGGAAAUUUGGUGUGAUCUCCACUGUGAAGCUACAGGGAUAAAUAGAAUCUGAAAUUAUAUAUAUAUAUAUAUACAUAUAUAUAUAUAUAUGAAGGGGAAGUAAUGCUUCAGUCUGUGACUGGUCAUUAUUUAUUAAAAGCGUAACACUUAGAGGAAUAUUUUGCAUUUUAGUUUUAUUGACAGAUUUCCUUUCGAAGUUGCAGGCGUUUCUGCUAAGCUUCCUAAAGCUAAUGUACAGCACUUAAAUUUAGAAUUACCUUUGGAACACACCAAGCCUUGACAUUGAAAGGCGUUCAGAAAGGGGCGUUCAAAUAGUUUUCAGUGGGUCCUGAGCCAUAUGCAAUAUUGCAGAGCAUGCAACAGUAAAGCAUUCAAAAGGAUCUAUUGCAAAAAAAUCCACUCAGUUCAUUUUGCAUGAAACUUAUUUUUAGUGCAGGGGGGGGAAAAAAACACUUAUGGAGUGUUUCAAAUAGAAGCUGCAUGCGAACAUCACACUCCAGCACCUUUUUGAGUUCAGUGAAUACAAAGGUAAAAAAAACAAAGGAUAGAGCAGUGAUUAUUUUAUUUCAUUUCAUUUUAUUUUGUGGGUGUGUGUGUUUUGUGUGUGUGUGUGUGUGUGUGUUCUGUGUGUGUGAGAGAGAGAGAGAGAAAGAGACCAAGUCACAGAGCACUUAAAUUGGAGUUUGAAGGAAUGUGCAUUGAUUUUCUCCCCCUCCCCUCCCCUUCCUACCCCCCCCCCCCUUUCAUGGUUAGGGUUUUGUGUAAAUGGACAAACAGUGGAGGGGGGUGUGCAUUAGAAACCAUAUUGCAUAGGCUGGCGGUUGAGUUGUUGAGAGGCUAGCUGUUGAGUUGUGAUUGCACUGUAGUCUAAAUAACAUUGCAUAUCCAGCACUGAGACCCUAAUUUCUCAUUUCUCCAUUUCUCAACAUUUUCCCAUCCUACCCACCUGUUUCAAGUGGUUGUAUUGUUCCAAUUUCAUGUACUCCCAGAGUAAAUUAUUUUGUUUCAUUGUGGAGUUUCUUAAUGACUAAUAAAGGAAUAAACCAG